GCUCACGAAGCUCUACCGCACAUUGAAGGCGCAUGUGGAUGUGAAGCAGGUCAAGGCCGAAGCUUGGCUCUGCAAGAAGUUCGUCGUCCUCCUCAAGAGGAAGAAGCAGCGGCGGCAAGUGCCACGCUGCGGCGACUUCCGUCACCUCCUCAGCCUCCUCGACGGAGAGGAGACCGAUGACAAUGGUGAUGGUUCCGAGGGCCCUGGCCAUGUGCUUGAGUCGGGAGGCUCGGUGGAUGAAGAUGCAUCCUUGCAUGACAGCGAUGUGGAGCUGUUGUCCGGAGAAGAUGAUGCUGCUGACUGCCAGGCGGUGGCAGACAUGAGGCUGGAAGAUGAUCAUGCUGCCGUGGUCAUUGAUGAUGACCCUCCCCAAGAUGUGGCCAUGGUGGAUGCAAGUGCGCCAGCAGCUUCUGCUCCGGUGCUGAGGCGUUCAGGUGCUGUUAUGAAAGGGCACACGUUCGAGGGUCCAGUCGUGGAUGUGGAAGCACUGGAUGUGGUAUCAUGUGCUCAGUGUGGCCGAAAGCAAUCAAAGUGCAAGUGUCUCCUGGUGAAGCAGCUGCAGCAAAGCAUUGCCACAAUGAAGAGCCAUCAGGCCGAUGGGCAGGCCGAAGCUUCAACGACCUCAGGUGGGGUGUCGCUUUCAGUGGUCCCGCCAUUGGUCAAAGCUGCUGGUGAUAACGACGAGACCCAGCCCCUGGACGCAGAGGUCUCGGUUGAAGUGGCCAAGGACUGGAUGUCAGCCGCUGAACUCUUGAAUGAGAAGGGAUGGGAGCCAGAUAUGAAUGAGUUUGUUACUCGACGCCAGCAGCUUGCGGCGGUUCAGGUGGCCACGACUGUCGAAGAGACGGAAGGCCAGCCGAAGGCCAAGGCCAAGGGGAAGGCCAAGAUGAAGCGUCCCGCAGCGGCUGCAAAGGCUUCGGCAAAGAAGCGGAAGGGCUCUGCCGAGCUUGCCACCAUUGCUGAUGGCCCGCCCGAGCGUCCUCAGGCUGCGCUUUCCGAGCUCGGUGUGCCUUUGAACAAUCGUGGCGAGGAUGAAAAGGCCAAUGAUUCUGCCGAGCCUGUGGAUAUGGAGGCCGAGAAGGACAAGGCUGGCUCAGGCUCAGGUGCGAAGCCGAACCCGAAGGCGAAAGCCAAAGGCAAGGCGAAGGCCAAGGCCAAGGGCAAGGUGAAGCCUUGCGAGUCAGAGGCAUCGGAUGGGGAUGUCUCGGAUGACAAUCGCACGGUGCACUUCGAUGAGAAUCCACUCCAUGCGGCUUUCUACAAAGGGCCAGAAGAUGUGCCAAGGCCACCAUCUUCGCCAGAGCAUUCGGAGCCGGAGUCAGCCGCAGAGGCUGGUGGUGACGGUGUGCCGAAGGCAAAAGGACGGGGACGAGGACGUGGCAAAGGCAAAGGCCGUGGACGUGGCCCGGUGGCCAAUGGUUCAGAUGGUGCGCCUCCCGAAUUGCCUCGCCGGGGCCGUGGCAGGGGCCGUGGCAAGGCGUUCUGUGCCAAAGGCCGAGUUCCGCAUGAGGGCGAUGAGGAUGAGUCCCAAAAAACUUUUGCGCGAAGGCGAAUGCCCAGUGCAACGAUGAACAAGAACAGGUUCUUGGCCAUUCGUGAUGCUUUCGACACCAUCAUUCGGAACAACGUGCCAAAGUUCCCUUCGAAGCAGGAGGACCCUUUCUGGACCUUUUGCAUGGCUGCGUGGAAUGACACGGCUGUGGAUGCGGGAACUGAUUUUAAUCCUCUCGCUCGUGCGGCUGCCAAGAAGUUUUUGCAUAAGGAGCUGAAGAUCAGAGCUGAUGUAAAUGUGUGA